ACAUUAUAGACAUCAUGUAUAUUUUAUAUAAUUAUAAGACAUGAUUUUAUCAAAUUUAUAAAUCGAACAAUCUUGAGCCAGCAGCGUGUAAUUAUUUUUCAGUGCCAACAUAGCUGUUUGAUGUAAGAAAGUAUGUCCUAUUCUGACAUUACUAUUCAAGCGAUGACACAAAUCCGAUAAAAUUGAUCGUACGCACAAUACCUGCAUGAUAAGAAAUUCAACAUGUAAAUCGUGUCAGGAUUUCAUUGCAGGUUCAUCUCGCAUGAAUUAUUUACAGGUAUAAAUGAAUAACGUGCUGUUAUGCAUUAUGCACAACGAGUGAAUUUAUACCUGUUAAUAUCUACUUAUUCGAAGUAAUUCUGCGAGGAUAAUAACUAAUUGAAUUAAAGCAACAAAAUGUCUGAAAAACUUGCAAGUCAACCACAACCCAUUGUCAAGAUAGGCCAUUAUACAUUAGGCCAGACUUUAGGUGUUGGUACAUUUGGUAAAGUAAAAAUUGGAGAACACGUUUUAACAAAACAUAAGGUUGCUGUGAAGAUUCUGAAUCGACAAAAAAUUAAAAGCCUAGAUGUUGUAGGGAAAAUUCGCAGGGAAAUACAAAAUCUUAAACUCUUCAGGCAUCCUCAUAUUAUCAAAUUAUAUCAGGUCAUAAGUACUCCUACAGACAUAUUCAUGAUAAUGGAAUAUGUCUCAGGUGGAGAGCUGUUUGAUUAUAUCGUUAAGCAUGGUAAACUUAAGGAGUAUGAAGCGCGACGAUUUUUCCAACAAAUUAUAUCGGGCGUCGAUUAUUGUCAUCGACAUAUGAUAGUCCAUCGUGAUUUAAAACCGGAAAAUCUUCUGUUAGAUCACAAUCUUCAUGUGAAGAUCGCAGAUUUUGGUUUAUCGAAUAUGAUGAUGGAUGGUGAGUUCUUACGUACUUCGUGCGGUUCUCCAAAUUAUGCCGCGCCAGAAGUAAUAUCUGGCAAAUUGUACGCCGGUCCCGAAGUAGAUAUUUGGUCCUGUGGUGUUAUAUUAUACGCACUACUCUGUGGUACCUUACCAUUUGACGAUGAACAUGUUCCUACACUCUUUCGCAAAAUUAAAUCUGGUGUUUUUCCUAUUCCGGAAUAUUUGAACAAGACUGUUGUUAGUCUCUUAUGCCAUAUGUUACAAGUCGACCCGAUGAAAAGGGCAACUAUUGAAGACAUUAAAAAACACGAGUGGUUCCAGAAGGAUUUACCGUCGUAUUUGUUUCCAUCACCUGUCGAACAAGAUUCAUCCGUUAUCGACAUAGACGCCGUGAAUGAAGUAUGUGAGAAGUUUAAUGUCAAAGAACCAGAAGUACACUCCGCGUUAUUGGGCGGUGAUCCGCAUGAUCAGUUGGCGAUUGCCUAUCAUUUAAUCAUUGAUAAUAAAAGAAUCGCGGAUGAAGCCGCUAAAGCUGAAUUAAAAGACUUUUAUGUGGCGUCUAGCCCACCGCCGGUAGCGUUUAGCCCAAACGACGCGAGCAGUAGUCCCUUGAGGCCUCAUCCGGAAAGAAUUGCACCAUACCGUGAACGUCAAGGUUCACAAAGUAGUACAUCCGGACAGACACAAGGCAAUCGCGGUACGCCUGUGAAGAGAGCAAAGUGGCAUUUAGGUAUCAGAUCGCAGUCCAAGCCAAAUGACAUUAUGAAUGAAGUUUACCGUGCCAUGAAAGCGCUUAACUUUGAAUGGAAGAUUAUAAAUGCAUACAGUGUUAGAGUACGACAUAAGAACAACUUGACUGACAGAUAUAGCAAAAUGUCAUUACAAUUGUAUCAAGUUGAUUACAAGAGUUAUUUAUUAGAUUUUAAGUCCUUAUCGACGGAAGAGGAUGACAUUGGACGAGAUCCAACAUUGCCACCUCCGCAAGCAACGGGUCAUCAUACAAUGGAAUUUUUCGAAAUGUGUGCAGCAUUAAUUACACAAUUGGCGCGAUAACGUGCAUGUUUUUUGAAGAUAAAAUUCUAUUACAUCUUGUGCUUUUAAUGGUGUAUAGUAUGAAAUAAAUGCAGACUGCUGUAAAAUAAA